CUUCCGCCGCCGAGCGCGCUGCUUCCGGGAGCGCUGCGGCGGGGGGGGGGCAGGAGGCGUGGGGCCGCCGCUGCCAUGUCCGCUGCGGGACGUGCUCCCGGGCCCGGCUCCGGAGCCGCCUCUCGGCUUUGAAGACUGCUGAGGAACACACGAUUUGACUCAUUUAAGCAUUAAAAUAGUAAUACCCAUGGAAGAGCCACAAGACUUACCCGAACAACCAGUAAAAAAAGCCAAGAUGCAGGAAUCCAGAGAACAAAGCUUGAGUCAUGUGAGCAACACAGAAGUCAGUGAUCAGAAACCUGAAUCCUCAAGCCUUGGUUCAAACCUUCCCAUGUCCAGUGAGAUUAUGACAUGCACUGAUUAUAUCCCAAGGUCAUCAAAUGAUUAUACCUCACAAAUGUAUUCUGCAAAGCCAUAUGCACAUAUCCUUUCUGUACCUGUAUCGGAAACAAUGAGCCCUUACCCUGGUCAGACUCAGUACCAAGCACUACAGCAGUCUCAGCCCUACACCAUCUACCCCCAGACCACCCAAACCUAUGGACUACCUCCUUUCGGUGCACUGUGGCCAGGUAUGAAACCUGAAAGUGGUUUAAUUCAGACUCCAUCUACAAGUCAGCACAGUGUUCUUACCUGCACUACAGGGUUAACCACAAGCCAGCCCAGCCCAGCACAUUAUUCUUAUUCCAUUGAAGCAUCAACUACCAAUGCCAGUCCAGUCUCUACAUCCUCAACUGUUGUCAAUAUUUCCACAUCAGCAGUAGCCACCAUCUCACAGGACUAUCCUACGUACACGAUCCUUGGCCAAAGUCAGUACCAGACGUGUUACCCGAGUUCUGGCUUUGGGGUUGUAACACCAGCAGACAGCAACACGGAGAGUUCUGCAUUAGCAACAACUACAUACCCAACUGAAAAACCAAACGCCAUGGUGCCUACGCGGACGGUGCAGAGACAUUCCUCUGGAGAUGCAUCCACAAGUCCUUCAUUAUCAAGAGCAACAGCAAGUAAAGAGUUAGAUGAGCAGACAAGAAAAAACAUGCCUGGAAAAAACAGGGGGAAGAGGAAAGCAGAUACUUCUUCCUCACAGGACAGUGAACUGGAGCGAGUGUUUCUCUGGGACCUGGAUGAGACCAUCAUAAUCUUCCAUUCACUUCUCACAGGGUCUUAUGCUCAGAAAUAUGGCAAGGACCCAACUCUAGUGAUUGGCUCAGGUCUGUCAAUGGAGGAAAUGAUUUUUGAAGUGGCUGAUACUCACUUGUUUUUCAAUGACUUGGAGGAGUGUGACCAGGUACAUAUAGAAGAUGUGGCAUCUGAUGACAAUGGCCAAGAUUUAAGCAACUACAAUUUCUCCACGGAUGGCUUCAGUGGCUCAGGAAGUAAUGCAAAUCACGGCUCAUCAGUUGGUGUCCAGGGUGGAGUGGACUGGAUGAGAAAACUGGCCUUCCGCUACCGCAGGGUACGCGAGAUCUACGACAAAUACAAAACUAACGUUGGAGGCCUCCUUAGCCCCCAGAAGAGGGAAGCUCUGCAGCGACUAAGGACGGACAUAGAAGUACUAACGGAUUCCUGGCUGGAAACUGCAUUGAAGUCCCUGCUACUCAUACAGUCCAGAAAAAACUGUGUGAACAUCCUGAUCACAACCACCCAACUGGUGCCAGCUCUUGCCAAAGUUCUCCUAUAUGGAUUGGGCGAGGUGUUUCCCAUCGAAAAUAUUUAUAGUGCUACAAAAAUAGGUAAAGAGAGCUGUUUUGAGAGGAUCGUGUCACGAUUUGGAAAGAAAGUCACCUAUGUGGUAAUUGGAGAUGGGCGUGAUGAAGAGGUUGCAGCGAAGCAGCACAACAUGCCUUUCUGGAGAAUCACAAAUCAUGCAGACCUCGUGUCCCUUCACCAAGCCCUCGAGUUAGACUUCCUGUAAGAAGUUGAAACGAAGGCAUGACUGCAGCUCCCACAAGCCCUCUCCGUCGCUGGGGAGGCAGAAAUCUCUUACAUUUGGGGACUCACUUUUCAGCUUGAUGAAGAAAACAUACCUAAUGCAAACUGUUCAGUAGAAUGUGACACCAGGUCAUUGCCUCAGGAGCACAGGCUCUGCCAAGUACAAAGUUAUCCUAGAAAGAGGCACUAGACUCAGCAGAGCUAGGGCUUGUCUGAAGAAGAGACUUAGAGCAGCCAGCUGAAUUCCUCUUGCAGGUAGUCUCCAGAGGGGAGGGUGAUACAACAGCCUUCUCCUUUCUGUUCAGUUUAGUUGUAGAACCCAAGUAAACACAAAACCUUAUUUUUAUAGAAAAAUACUGAUGGCAGAGGUGAACCUCCCUUGUUUUGCAAAGCUGAAAAAGCUAUGGUUUUUUUCCAUAGGAAAUAUUAAUGAAAAUGUCAAAAAUACCUCUGUUGCUGUGAAAUGUGUCCUCUCUCCUUCCCUGAGUGUUCAAAGCAGUUAAUUUAUUACAAUGUCCUUAUGUUAUUUUCUCAGUGUGGGAUUACUGGAAAAUAGAAAGUUAAGGGAAUGUUUCUGGGAUAUGUGGUUCCUGUAGAGGAAAGCGUUGCUGGUCUGAGUUGAUCGCAGUGGCUUCUGGUCAAUGUGUGCACAAGCCCUGUUAACAAGGAGAUCACUGGAUUUCAGAUAUCCGUGACCCAGACGUAGAUCCCACAGAUUUUCCCUGUAAAGGAAAACAAAACUGCCUGUGAACAUUAGAUACAGCACAACUCUAUUGCAAACUGCUCAGAUGUGAACAGAGUCCUUGUCUGGACUAGGAAUAAUUUGAGAGAACUAAAUUCUCAUGAAUGUUACAAAGAAAGGGUAUGGUUAUUAACCUUCACCUCUGCUUUCCUGACUCCAUUUGUGAGAGUAAGUUCCUUUUAGUAAAAUCAGAUUCAGUUUUCUUGUAUUCUUCUUUGCAUUAGCCUAACUACAUAGUUAGAAACAAAAGCCUUGUUAAGACGGACUUAAUUUUCUAAGACACUAUGACUUGGCAGCCUGGAGCACACUGGCCUUGGGAGUGAUGCUUACACUAAUUUUUCUGCUACCGUCUCAGAUCAAAAGGUUGGAGUCAGUGACCUGCAGUACCACAAGCCAGAAGUAGCCACUUGGAGACUGGGGACUGGCACGGGGCACUGGUUUUGUGCCAAGUCAAGGCUGUGACCAGUGGUAUCUGCCUCCUGCCUGUACCCCGAUGGCACCAAAUCAGCAGGUGCCAGGGGUUUCUGCAGGGAGGGCAGGUGUCAGCUGUGUCCCACCGCAGGCCUCUGCUGAUCCAAACACUGCAGCUGCACCCAGGACCUGCCAGGUCGCUGGUCUCCAGCCUGGUGUUACCUGCCUGGGACCCCAGGGAACUGCUCUGGAAGCAUGUUGCUCCAGGGAGGGUACUGCCCCACUGAGACUGUGCCCACAGAAGCAGGUGAUGUUUUCACUGCGGUCCUUUCACAGCAUCAGUUGCUGAGGAACAAUUGCCAUCAGUGCUGGGGGAGUUGCUCUGCUGUGCCCCAGGAGCCUUCCUGGGCAAGCUCUGGUCAGCACUCGGGGGGACAUGCUGAGAGCAUCUCCUGGGUUUGGAUCCCCAGAGCUACGGGACUGGACACAGGUCUCUGUUUCACAUGGUCCUUGCUCUACUCCUGUUUUUUAAUUAAAAAAGAAAAAAAAAAAAUCAGAGGAAUUUCUCCAAAGUGGUCCCAGGCAUUAGGAGCAGUCCACUUUCCACCCAGCUCCUUGCUGGGUGUUGGCCUUGUGCUCUGAUCUGAGCAGGAGCUCUGGGUCUGCGUAUUUCCCCAGGAAUUCUGCUUCAGGAGCCAUCUGUGUAGAAGCUGCUGCCCGAGAGCAGCACGGCCUCUCCUCCCAUUAGAAAAAUGUGAGAGCCAAUUUCUGCUGUAGGUGUUCCUGAACAGCUCAGGGGAGGAGGUGUCUUUUGGCUGCACUGGCCCAGCAGAGCCCUGGAGCGAGCUGGGGCCGUGUGUGUCCUGCUCAGCCUCAGGGGUUGCGGAGGAUUAAGAGCAGGAGCCCAUGGGGGAUGUUCUCCCCAUCUGCUGUGAGCACGGGGUGGAGGGCUCAGGGCUGUGACUGGUGUCCCCAGGCAGCAGCAGCAGCCCGGGAAGGUGUGUAGGUGUUUGGCAGCAGCGUGGGCCCCAGGCAGGGAAGGGAGAGGCGCUGCAGGGCUCUGGCUCCGUUACUGCAGGGUCCAUAAAGAGCUCAUCUGGGAUCCCUGGGACGUGUCGCUGCUGCGCCAGCCAGGGCGGAUCUGGUGGGGAGUGAGCUGCUCCAAGGAGCAGCCCCACUGCUCCCAGGGUCUGAAGUGUCUCCAGAAGACCAGGACUUAUUUGCAGUCACAGAAGAGUUUGUGCUGGAUCCUGAACAUCUCUGUGUGGCUCCCCAGCCCAUCCAAAGGUCUCCUGUAAGCAGGCUUGGGAUGUGUCCCAGCCCGUGAACCAGCCUGUUCGGGGCACGUCUCGUACUCCGGCUGGCUGAACUUUGGGAUUAAAACCUGUGCCUUAAACCUCCCACCAUCCGGUGUGGCCGAGUGGCCCCUUUGCUUCACUGGUGCCCGGAGCAGCUGGCAGGAGGGGGCUGGUGCGGCGAGGUGGGGUGGGUUUUGCCCAGGCGCUCGCUGCAAGUGCUGAACCCGAGGCACCACGCAGCCUGGCAGCUGGCUGGCUUUGCUUUGUGUUUGUUUACUUAAAAUGUUUUAAGGAAAUUUUAAGAUGGCAAAAUUUUAGCUGAGUGUGGAACUCUUGCUGCCAGUGACAUUUCAUACUGAUAUUUAUACGAUGUCUCCUUGAAUGUAUGUAAAGUACUUUUGUAAUAGGAGGUUGAUGGUACAUUUCUGUGUUUAUGUUUAAUAAAGGUUGACCUGACUAUUUUA